UAAAAGGUGUGCGUGUUCACCUGGGCGUCACACCUGUACCAUCACGGGGAAAGAAGGCGAAAUCUGUCUUAGUUUUUGGAGCUGGACCGUGAGUAAUAGAACUUCUACAACCAUAACAAGACGUAAAGAACAUCAAGUGUCACCAAGACCAACUAGUAUUCUGAGGUGUGUGUGUCAACAGCAUCACCAGCCACCAGGGGGAGAGGAGGUUACAGAGGCAGAGGAAGACGUAAUGGUUGAGGAAGGUGGUUGUGUUGAUCACGCCCCUGUCAUGAGGAUGAAGCCACAAGACCACCUGGACCACCUGGAUCAGUCUGACAACGAUAUUGACCCCGCCACCGUCAGCCUUCUGUCAGCGACUGAUAUCACCUACAGCAGUGGCAGACGUAACAAUACCAGUAACAGUAGCAAGAGCAGCAGUAACAGUAACAAGAGCAGCAUUAACAGUAACAAGAGUGACAGUAACAGCAACAAUAACACCAGUAACAGUAACAAGAGCAGCAUUAACAGUAACAAGAGUGACAGUAACAGCAACAAUAACACCAGUAACAGUAACAACAACAGCGGCCACAAUUUUAAUGAAAACAGCCGCUCGUCCACCAAGAAGAAACAGCACGAGAAGGGUGACAAGAAGGAGGACCUGCUCUUCACCUCCACCUUACUCUCCUACCUGUCUGUUAACCAGUGAUAGAAGAGUCAACCAAUCAUGGAGGUGUUAACCAACCACGGAUGUUAACUUAUCACACGGAUGUUAACCAACCAGGGAUGUUAACUUAUCACUCGGAUGUUAACCAACCAGGGAUGUUAACGUAUCACACGGAUGUUAAUCAAUCAUAGAAGUGUUAACCAAUCAGGGAUGUCAAUCAAUUAUAGAGAUGUGUUGGUUUAGGGAAUACGUUAAUGACCCCCUAGAGUGAAGUGUCCCGCCCCAGCAGUACUUAUGUUAACAGGAACACAUAAGUAUACGGCGGUGAGUGGUGUCUGUGUGUGUGUGUGUGUGUGUGUGUGUGUGUGUGUGUGUGUGUGUGUGUGUGUGUGUGUGUGUGUGUGUGUGUGUGUUGAUAGAUCAUUAUGCUGUAGCUCUUUGUUAUAUAAUACUACUUAAUUUAUUAAGACAUAAUACUAAGUAAUUUUUGCUCUUCAUUAUCUUGGAACAUUUUCACACUUGAUAUACACUGUUAUUGUAGUACAAACUUGUGGACUGUAGCCAAAGAUUAUAACCACUGAUACAUAAUUGUAUUGCAGUAAUCCGCGUUGUUUGAUUUUCUUUAUUUUAUCCUCCGUGCCACGUGUUAGCUUACUGUUGUUACACACUGUUGACAAGUACUGGACACGUAGAGAAUCUUGAGUGUACCUGGACAUGUGUCAGUGUUGGUCAAGUGUGGUCUUAAAGGAACUCACAACCUGCCAGUGUUGUCACAACACUGGCAGGUUGUGAGGUCACAACUCUUACUCUAAAGAAGUUGGUGCUGGCAUUUGCUGUACUGAUAGCUUCUUUAACUUGAAACUGUGACCUCUAAUGGGGCGGCCAUCCACUAGUUUGAGACUGAGCAUUUACCUGUAUGAGAGGGUAAUGCUGUAAGAGAAUAGUACCACGUUGUAUCUUAUUAACUCAACAACACGACCCAGGAGUGUGGGGACGGCACCGAGUGUGAGCUGGUUUAACGAAAGACUUGAUCAACACUGUCGCGUCUUCCUGGUACAUUUCAGAGCCCGUUCAUAUCCAGUACCUGCCACCAGUGCGUAACAGAGAAAUGACCGACUGCUUGACUGAGCUGACCUGUGGCUAUUAAGUCUACGGUCCGAGUUACACCUGGAGACUUAACAAGAAAGAAAAUGAGGGUGGAGUUAAGGGGAGACUGUGGAAGGUGUUCCAGGUCUCUGUAUCUUUUUGGUAUCGUUUAUUUAUCGGUUCAUCACUUAUCAGCCGAAUACCCGUUCGGAAGGGGUGGUUGGCCUGUUCUUUGUUACUUUGUUAUGAACUUUGUUGUCCAGUGUUAGUGCAGCAGGAAACUGGAGUACUCUGAGGAAAUUUGUGAUGCUUGGUAGAGAGGGUCACACUGGAUAACACUCUUCUAUCUGUAACGAGGCAGGACUCAAACCCAGGACACAAGUUGAGAGAUACGCUUUUUAAUAUACAGUACAGUACCAAAAUAUAAGACUGUCCAGUAUGUACAUAUGGGACACAACAAACUGACACACAAGUAUUAUGUGAUUAAAAUUUUCUGGGAAACUGUUGAUAAUUAUUAUUAUAUUAUUGAUAUGUUUUAUUUUAUAAGAUACAUAAAUUUUGUCGUAAGACCUUUGAUAAAACACACACACACACACACACACACACACACACACACACACACA